CUCCCAGCAUCAGGACCAGCAGAGUCGUCUCUCUCCUCUCCUCUCCUCUCGCGCUCUCCUCUCCGUCCACUGCGGAACAUCGGCCUGUUUUGCUCCCAUCGCUCCGCCAGCGGCAAACACAGCCCGCCAUGGACAACUCCGGCAAAGAGAAGGAGGCCAUGCAGCUGAUGGCUGAAGCUGACAAGAAGGUCAAAGCGUCUGGAUCCUUCCUCGGCGGGAUGUUCGGGGGAAACCAUAAGGUAGAGGAUGCCUGUGAGAUGUACGCCAGAGCAGCCAACAUGUUUAAGAUGGCAAAGAACUGGAGCGCUGCGGGGAAUGCGUUCUGUCAGGCCGCUCGGCUCCACAUGCAGCUGCAGAACAAACUGGACUCAGCCACCAGCUUCGUUGAUGCCGGAAAUGCAUACAAGAAGGCCGACCCGCAAGAGGCCAUCAACUGUCUAAACCAGGCCAUCGACAUCUACACUGACAUGGGUCGGUUCACUAUUGCAGCCAAACAUCACAUCACCAUCGCAGAGAUUUAUGAGUCUGAGCUGGUCGAUAUUGAGAAGGCCAUCGCCCACUAUGAGCAGGCAGCAGAUUACUACAAAGGAGAGGAAUCUAACAGCUCAGCCAACAAAUGUCUCCUGAAGGUGGGACACUACAGUGCUCAGUUGGAGCAGUACCAGAAAGCUAUUGAGAUCUACGAACAGGUUGCUAUGAGCACAAUGGACAAUCCUCUGUUGAAGUACAAUGCUAAAGAGUAUUUCUUCAAGGCUUCACUCUGUCACUUCAUAGUGGAUGAGCUGAAUGCUAAGUUGGCCAUAGAGAAGUAUGAGGAGAUGUUUCCAGCUUUUACAGACUCCAGAGAGCUCAAACUGUUAAAGAAACUCCUAGAAGCCCACGAGGAGCAGAACAGCGAGGCGUUCACAGAGGCCGUCAAGGAGUUUGACUCAGUGUCUCGUCUGGACCAAUGGUUGACCACGAUGCUCCUCCGCAUCAAAAAGACCAUCCAGGGAGACGCUGGGGAUCUGAAGUAGACACAUUUAGAGA